AUGGAGUCCCCCGUGGCCAAGAAAGCGACGGUGAGAAUCCAGCCAGAGGAGGAAGAUAGGUUGAGCGUGCUGAUGGAUGAUGUUUUACUGUCUAUCUUGCGGAAAGUCGACAUAAGCUCUGCUGUAAGGACGAGUUUGCUGUCAACACGGUGGAGGCAGCUGCCCUGGCUGCUGCCUGAGCUCAGCAUUGAUGUCAGGCAUUUCCUACCUGUUCCAUGCCCAUACUCGAUUGCGGCAAAUGACUGUCAGCAAGCUAUGGUGGCUCUAACCAAAGCAGCCAAGUGUUUAUUUGCUAAACCUCAGAGAAAAUCCACCAUCACAACACUGCAGCUUCAGCUCUACUUGAUCAGCACUUUCUUGAGCGACAUUGGCCCACUAUUAGGUGAUGCGAUUGACAGUGCUUUGCUGAAAGAUUUGGACCUUUGCCUUCUUGAUGAUCUGAAACCUGGUGACUCUUCUGAGCUGCACAUGCUACAGCUCGCCAAAGACAUGUAUGGUUUCUUCAAUGCCUACCCCAGUGUGUUCUGUUGUCUCACAAGACUUUCUCUUCAUGGGGUUUGUUUUAUCGAGUUGGAUAUGCACCAUCUCCUGUUUGACUGCUGCACACAACUGAAGCAUCUAAGCCUCCAUUAUUGUGAUGCCGGUCGCCGCUCUGUGUGGAAGAUAGAUGCACCAAACUCAAAACUCAGUGUUCUGCAAAUCGACACAUGUUGCUUUGAGAGAAUUGAUUUGGUCUGCCUUCCAGAACUGGAGAAGCUCCAUUGGGAUACUUGGGUGUCCGAAUAUAUCCCCUUGUCGUUUGGCGAUGUCCCGUCUCUUGGGGAACUAAAACUCUCAUCUGCUUUAACAUAUUAUAAUACAGUAUUUAAAUUAAGUGAGCUUCUACAUGGAACCACAAGCAUACAUACUCUGACAUUGGAUUUCCAAGGAGAAAACCUUUGGAUCCAACCUGAAAUGAAGCAACUCUACACCGCAUUCAACAAGCUAAGGAAGCUGACUUUGCGUGGUAUCUUUGUUGAAUUUGACAUUAUAUGGACAACAGCCUUCCUUGAGGCGGCACCCUCCUUGGAAAUAUUAAUUAUUGAGGCAUGGGACCAUGCAUGCAGCGCAUUUGUGAACGAUGAGGAAAGAAGGUCGGUAUUUGCAGAAAGGAAAAAUCCUCAGUGGGAGAUGGACUUCCAUUGCUCCAAGAACGGGCUACUGAAAGAGCUCCAGUUUGUCGGCUUUAGAUCGCUAGAACAGCAGUUUGCGUUUAUAAGAGCCUUGCUGGACCGAGCUCCCAACUUGCAGGCGAUACUUCUCAAAGGAGCUGAGCAAUGCAAGUACUGCGAUGCCCUUGAGACCAAGUCGUGUUGUUCAACAGAGUCUUCCUUUCCAAAGAGUGAGGAUGAGCAAGAACUGGUGUCGAGGCGAAUCACAGAUGGCAAAUCCUCACCCCGGGUGAUUUUCCAUGAAUGA